UACCACCUCCAAGUGCCCGUAGUCGCGGCUGUAGUUGCAGCCGCUUCCUGAGCUAACCCUCCUCUGGGGACUGGCUCCUCCUGGCGCCCUUCGGUUUUUGUAGUUGCCUUCACUGAGGAUGACUUGCUGUGCGGCUGUGUGCCGACCCCGUGGAUAUCACCGGUGCAGUUUCAUCUAGCGACUGGUCACCCUUGCAAUUAUGGAUAUUUAAAAGGAUAAGAUAGUGUGGAGGGGGAGUUCCCCUCCUCACUCCCCCUUGGUGCUGGACUCCAGGAAUAAUUUAUGAACGUGGAAUUUUUUUAAAAUGAACUUGUAUUUGAUAUGAACUUUAUAGAGUUAUUUGCAGUUUUUUGAUUUAAGCGUCAAGAAGAUUAUACAAAGAUAUAUAGUUUUAUAAUAUUGCUGUGAGGAUUUCAAUUAUACUCACAAAAAGGGUAAUUUAUUCACUGUAAUUCCUUCUGAAUAGCACAUUUGUGUCCCAGCUUUUCCAUUUUUUAAAAAAUUAGACUUACCCAACAAUUCUGAAGAAGUAAGCAAAAUAAAAACAACUAGGAUGUCUUCUAUCCCUGACUGCACGUCAAAAUGUCGAUCCCUGAAGCAUGCUUUGGAUGUCCUUUCUGUUGUAACAAAGGGGAGCGAAAACCAGAUUAAGGCUUUUCUCUCCAGUCAUUGUUACAAUGCUGCAACUAUCAAAGAUGCCUUUGGCAGGAAUGCCCUCCACCUUGUUUCUUCCUGUGGGAAGAAAGCAGUGUUAGAUUGGCUUAUUGAGAAAGGAGUGGACCCACUAGUGAAAGACAAGGAGUCAGGCUGGACAGCAUUGCACAGAAGCAUUUUUUAUGGGCAUAUUGAUUGUGUCUGGUCUCUAUUGAAGCAUGGUGUUAGUCUGUAUAUGCAAGAUAAAGAAGGCUUGUCAGCUUUGGAUCUUCUAAUGAAGGAUAGACCAACUCAUGUAGUAUUCAAAAGUACUGAUCCUACAGAUGUAUAUACCUGGGGUGAUAAUACAAAUUUUACUCUGGGUCAUGGAAGCCAGAAUAGCAAACAUCAUCCAGAGUUGGUGGAUCUGUUUUCCAGGAGUGGUGUUUAUAUCAAGCAGGUGGUGCUUUGUAAAUUUCAUUCAGUGUUUCUCUCUCAGAAAGGGCAGGUUUAUACCUGUGGUCAUGGUCCUGGAGGACGUUUAGGUCAUGGAGAUGAACAAACAUGCUUGGUUCCCAGACUUGUGGAAGGACUGAAUGGUCAUAAUUGUUCCCAAGUGGCAGCUGCUAAGGAUCAUACUGUUGUAUUAACUGAAGAUGGAUGUGUUUAUACAUUUGGUCUAAAUAUUUUUCAUCAGUUAGGAAUUAUUCCUCCGCCUUCCAGUUGUAAUGUACCCAGACAGAUGCAGGCAAAAUAUCUGAAAGGAAGGACAGUUAUUGGAGUAGCAGCAGGCAGGUUUCAUACAGUGCUGUGGACUAGAGAAGCUGUUUACACAAUGGGACUAAAUGGUGGGCAGCUGGGUUAUUUACUAGAUCCCAAUGGAGAAAAAUGUGUAACUGCUCCUCGUCAAGUCUCUGCCCUUCAUCAUAAGGACAUUAAUCUGUCUUUGGUUGCUGCAAGUGAUGGGUCAACAGUCUGUGUUACCACGAGGGGAGAUAUUUACUUACUUGCAGACUAUCAAUGCAAGAAGAUGGCAUCUAAACAGCUGAAUUUGAAAAAGGUUCUUGUGUCUGGGGGUCGUAUGGAAUACAAAGUUGAUCCUGAACAUUUGAAAGAAAAUGGGGGUCAAAAACUCUGCAUUCUUGCAAUGGAUGGAGCUGGAAGGGUAUUUUGCUGGCGGUCUGUCAGCAGUUCUCUGAAGCAGUGUCGAUGGGCCUAUCCACGGCAGGUCUUCAUUUCUGAUAUUGGUUUAAGUAGAAAUGAGAUUCUGUUUGUCACAAAAGAUGGAGAAGGAUUUAGAGGAAAAUGGUUUGAAGAAAAAAGAAAGAAUUCUGAAAAGAAAGCAGACAUUUUAUCAAAUCUGCAUAAUUCCUCAUCAGAUAUGUCUUGUGUAUCUGAUACAAAUAAUGUGUAUGAAAGAAUUCGACUUGAGAAACUUACUUUUGCCCACAGAGCUGUUAGUGUCAGCACAGAUCCAAGUGGAUGUAAUUUUGCAAUCCUGCAGUCAGAUCCUAAAACAAGCCUUUAUGAAAUUCCAACUGUGUCCUCUUCAUCCUUUUUUGAAGAAUUUGGCAAACUCUUGAGGGAAACAGAUGAAAUGGACAAUAUCCAUGAUGUGACAUUUCAAGUUGGCAAUAGAAUCUUCCCAGCACAUAAAUAUAUUUUGGCAGUGCAUGCUGAAUUUUUUCAGAAAUUAUUUCUUUCAGAUGGUACUACUUUAGAAUUUCCAGAUGUUUACAGGAAAGAUGAAGAUUCUGCAGGAUGCCAUCUCUUUGUAGUAGAGAAAGUUCAUCCUGAUUUGUUUGAAUACCUUUUACAAUUCAUAUAUACAGAUACUUGUGACUUUUUAACUCAUGGCUUCAAACCAAGAAUACACUUAAGGAGAAAACCAGAAGAAUAUCAGGACACUCUGAAUUCACAGAUGAAUAAAAUGAAUUGCUAUGAAGAUGAUAGUCAGAAGUCAGCGUUUGAAGUUUACAAAAGUAAUCAAACACAUUCAGUUAGUGAAAGACAGAAAAGCAAACCCAAAUCUUUGAAAAAAGGAAAAAGUAUUGGGGAAGAUGAUCCUGUAAGAAUGUUGCAAAAUGUUGCAAAAAAAUUUGGCCUCAGUAAUCUGAGUAGUAGGUUAGAUGGAGUGAGAUUUGAAAAUGAAGAGAUUAACGUUAUUGCCAGGAAAACUGGUAAUAAACUGAAACUGAGUCAGAAAAAAUGUUCUUUUCUAUGUGAUGUGACCAUGAAAUCAGUGGAUGGAAAGGAAUUUCCUUGUCACAAAUGUGUUCUUUGUGCUAGACUUGAAUAUUUUAAUAGUAUGCUGAGUAGCUCAUGGAUUGAGGCUUCCAGUUGUGCAGCUCUGGAAAUGCCAAUACAUUCUGACAUAUUGAAAGUUAUUUUGGACUACCUCUAUACUGAUGAAGCUGUGGUGAUAAAAGAAUCUCAAAAUGUGGAUUUUAUUUGUAGUGUUCUUGUGGUGGCUGAUCAGCUUCUCAUAACUCGAUUGAAAGAAAUUUGUGAAGUAGCAUUAACUGAAAAACUUACCCUUAAGAAUGCAGCGAUGCUACUAGAAUUUGCAGCAAUGUAUAAUGCUGAACAGUUGAAACUAUCUUGUUUACAGUUUAUAGGACUGAAUAUGGCAGCUUUACUUGAAGCAAGGUCUCUUGAUGUUUUAAGUGAUGAUGUUUUGAAGGAUCUUUCUGUAUUUUACCGAAAAAUGAUUCCAGCAAUGGAUAGAAGAGUCAUUACACCCUAUCAAGAUGGACCAGAUAUUAGCUAUUUGGACACAGAAGAUAGUGAUGUCUUUUUGAAAGAAGAACUAAACAUGGAACAAAAUUAUUCGGAAACUAUGUUUAAGAAGGCAAAGACAAAAGCCAAAAAGAAGCCACGUAAACGUUCAGAUAGUUCUGGAGGUUAUAACCUUUCAGAUAUUAUUCAGAGUCCACCGUCUACAGGAUUAUUAAAGUCUGGUAAGACCAAUUCUGUGGAAUCUCUUCCAGAGCUCUUGACAUCAGAUUCUGAAGGAAGUUAUGCAGGAGCGGGUAGUCCUAGAGAUUUGCAGUCCCCUGAUUUCAGCACAGGAUUUCAUUCGGAUAAGAUGGAGCCAUAUGUUAAUGGUACACCCACUACAUAUUCUAAGGAAGAUUUAAAGCAAUGGGAAAAAUCACCAAUACUUAAAGUAUCUGCUCCACAGCCCAUUCCCAGUAAUAGAAUUGAUAUGACAAGCUCUUCCACUUGGGUUACUGGGUCUUUCAGUCCUGUCAGCCCACCUGUUGUGGAUCUCAGAACCAUCAUGGAAAUAGAAGAAAACAGACAAAAAUGUGGAGCUACACGAAAGUCAAAUUCUGGCAAAAUGAUACCUCAUGGAGUUAAACUUUCUCAGAAGCAACGAAAAAUGAUCGCAUUGACUACCAAAGAACACAGUUCAGGAACAAGUAGCAUGGAAACAGUUUUAAAUGCUUCUUCAAAAGCUCCCAAAUCAGUGAAUGCAUGGACAUCUGCUUUACAUUCAUUUUCGUGCAAGUCAUUCUGGGAUUUCUCAAUAGAAGAUAAAAAAUAUGUUAUUAACCAUAGUUCAGGAGAUCAUGUCAAAAAGACUUGUUUUAAAUGGAUUGAAAAUUCUCAGACCCCAAAAGUUGUAAGAUGUUCUAGUCACGGUACUUCAGGACCAGAAGGCAACCAUAUUUCAGAUUUACCACCUCUAGACAGUCCCAAUCCCUGGCUAUCUUCUUCAUUGACUGCUCCUGUGGUAGCUCCAGUCACUUUUGCAUCUAUUGUAGAAGAAGAGCAAAAACAGGAAGCAGCUCUUAUCAGAAGUCGAGAAAAACCAUUGGCUCUGAUUCAGAUUGAGGAGCAUGCAAUUCAAGAUUUGUUGGUUUUCUAUGAGGCAUUUGGCAACCCUGAUGAGUUUGUCAUUGUUGAAAGGACAUCACAGGGACCACUGGCAGUGCCUAUGUGGAAUAAGCAUGGAUGCUAGUUGAGAUGCGUUUUUCAUAAUUUAUGAUUGUUGUAACAGUAUAAACAGAUUUGGUAAUAGAUCAUUCUAGAUUAACUAAAAAAGGGUCUAAUCUCUUUACUAUAAUUUAUAAUGUAUGAUUAAAAGGAAAUUCAUCAGAAUUGUGAUUUUAGUAACUUUUUAUGUGCAGCUGUCAGGAAAAACUUUUAAGGUUGAAUGAGAUUGCCUCUCUUGAAUAAUCUUAUAGAGGAAAAUAUGAAUGAAGUGCAAAAUUUGAGAGUGAUGUACUAAGAAAUAACUUUUAUUUGAGAGAAAUAAUUUAGGAGUUUUGUCAUUUAUCUCUUGUCACUCUGCUUUUUAAAUAUAGCAUCAAUUAACUGAAAAUAGACACAUCAGUCAUUACUUCUGUUCCAUUCAUGGCCAGAACUUUGCAUUUGCUACAAUAGUUAUGUUUCUAUUCUUGUUGCUUUUUCAUUAGGCUGUUAAUGUUCAGAUCUCCUUAAUGCCUGACCUGCAUGAGUAUCUUAUUUCAUUUUGGACAGCACAUUGUCUCUUAUAUUAAACAACAGGUUAUAGUAGAAAGAAAAUAAGAACACUUAACUAUUCUGGACAGCUUUGUCCAAGAUAAUGAUUGGCUUUUUAUUUUUGAUUUUUAAAAAUUAUUAUUAAUUUUUUUGUGUGAUCAGAGAUACCAUUAUGAAAGCCUAAUUGUGAAAGAAUUAAUUUCUCAAAGUGUUAAAAUUUUCUAAGACAAAUGUUUAGCUGUACAUACAAGAAUUGAAUAGUUUGGAAGAUUGUUGGUUUAUAAUUACCUCUAUAAUAUUAUUUAAUCAGAAAUUGUAUGAACCUGGAUUAUAUGUAUAAAUAUAAAAAUUGUUUACACUAUGCUGUUUGAUUUGUUUUUGAAUGUUUAAAUUUUUUUUUUAAAUGUUAAAUCUGUGCUCUAGUAUGUAUACAAAUUGGGAAGGUUGAUGCUCUAGUCUUUGGAAAAUACCCUUAGGAGACCGUAUAGGUAAUUCACUGCUAUAAUUCCGUUGAUGGAAAUAUAAUGGAAACUAACUCAGUAUUUCAGUUUUAUCUGUAUCCAGAAGCAGCAGACAUGUAAACAAAUGUGCAAUAAAGAAUAAUCUUGAUCCAUGUCACUCCUAA